AUGGCCCCCAUCGCCAAGACCGUCUGUGUGGCCCUCGCGGCUAUCGCCCUCGCCUCUGUCGGCGCUCAGCCCGCUGGCGCCCAUCAGCUCAACUCUCGUCACGCCGCUGCUGGCAGCAACGUGUACCACAACCUCCACUCGCACUCUCGCCGUAUGCAGCGCAAGGUGCGACGUGGUGACUCCUUCUCCAUCUCGGGCGCCGGCAGCAUCGCUGGUUCUGCUUCCACCGGAGGUGCUUCCUCGUCUGCCUCCAUCAGUGGCGCCGGUUCCAUCUCUGGCUCUACAUCCAACGAUGGCUCCAACUCGAGCUCCGAGUCUCACUCCCAGUCCAGCGCUCAGUCUAGUGCUGAGUCGAGCUCGCAGUCCAGUGCCCAGUCUAGCGCUCAGUCCAGCGCCCAGUCCAGCGCUGACUCUGGCUCGCAGUCCGACGCCGACUCGAGCUCCCACGCCAGCUCCCAGUCCAGCUCCAAUGCUAGCUCUCAGUCUAGCUCCCAGGCGAGCGCCCACUCGAGUUCCAACUCUGCAUCCCAGGCGAGCGCCAACGCCGGUUCCAGCUCCCAGUCGAGCGCUGACUCCAGCGCUGAUUCCAGCUCUAGCGCUAACUCCAGCGCUCACUCCAGCUCGAAUGCAAGCUCCCAGUCCAGCGCUGACUCCAACUCUCAGUCCAACGCUAACGCAAGCUCCGGCUCGCACAGCGACGGAAGCAACAAAGGCUCUGGCGCUGGCUCGUCGUCGUCGUCGUCGUCCAGCCCGACCUCGACUGCUUCGGGAUCCUCCUCCUCGGCCGCCUCGAGCACUCCUUGCACCACCGACCACAAGACCGGUCACCCCAAGGCCACCGCAAGUGCUUCCGACUCUGGUACCCCUUCCGGAAGUGCUUCGACUGCUUCCGCUACAAGCGAAACUGCCUCCAAAGCUGCUAACACUGGAUCGGCUUCGGCUACCUCGACCACAUCUGGCACCAAUGACCACAAAACCGGCAGCGCUACCGCCACCAGCACCAACUCGGCCGCUUCUGCCACUUCGGCUGCUUCGAGCACCGGCAGUGUAAUUGGAACCUCGACUGCCUCGGCCGCUGAUUCUGGCGCCAGUGCUGCCUCCGCGGCCAGCGCCGCCUCUUCCUCGGACGCGAACGGCGAUGACUGUGAUGGCAAUGACGACAACGAGGCUUCGUCUACCGGCUCGUCGGGCUCCAACGCUAGCUCCAACUCCGGUUCGGGCUCUGGCUCCAACUCUGGCUCUAGCUCUGGUUCCAACUCUGGAUCGUCGUCCGGUGCCGCUGUCUCUGGCAACAACUCUGGCAGCGCUUCUUCAUCUUCUGCCAACGCUGCUUCGGCGUCCUCUGGGGGCUCGUCCAGCGGCGGCAGCGGUGGCGACGACGAUGACUGCGAUGACGAUGAGGACGCCAACGCCAACGACGAUGAUGACUGCGACGACGACGACGAGGCCUCUGCUACCGAUGCGGAUGACGACUGUGAUGAAGACGAGGGCAGCGAUGCUUCCUCGACCCCUGCGUCAUCGUCGGCUUCUGCCGCCCCCGCGGCUUCCACCACGAAGCAGGCCCAGCAGCAAGCUGCCUCGGUCGCAUCGUCGUCGUCGGCUACUCCUUCGUCCACCCCCACGGGCAAGAAGCACGGUAAGGACAACGACUCGUCCGCUGCUUCGUCGUCUGCUUCGUCCUCCUCGUCUUCAUCGUCCUCCUCCUCGUCUUCGUCCUCCUCCUCCUCGGCCAACGCCGUCACUGGCGGUUACGCGACUUACUUCUACCAAGGAGGCAACGCCGGAGCGUGCGGAAACUACAACUCGGAUUCGUCCAAGGUGGUUGCGCUUCAGACGCAGACGUACGCCAACGGCGCUCACUGUGGCAAGCAGAUCAAGAUCUACAACGCCAACAACCCGAGCAAGAGCGUGCUGGUCACGGUGGCCGAUGAGUGCCCCACGUGCGAGAACGCAGAGUCGAUCGACAUGUCGGUCGGCGCUUUCACUGCCAUCGCCACCGAAGCUGAGGGCAUGGUCCCCAUCAAGUGGGAAUGGGCCUAA